CAGUGGAUCCAGAGCCGAUGCCGGAACAUUGGCUGCCAGGCAGGAAUACACAUUCACACCCUCAUUCAUUUACAUCUAGGUGCAAUUUAGACUAGCCAAUGCCUCUAACGUCUGUGUUUUUGGAAGGUAGGAGGAAAUCCAGGGGAACCAUGAACAUUUUUUUUUUUUAGUGUUACGCAUCAUUAUAUUGUGGAACAUUCCAGCUGUGCAUAAGGAGGAGGGAGUCAGCAUUAGGUUUUAUUAAGUUAUUAAUGCACUGCUUCUGCUUGUUUUAUGGGCAGUUCAUUUUUUUGUUCAGUAUUCGAUGCAAAUACUUUUUUUUUUUUUUUUUUUUACUUUUUAAAGUAAAAUUUACUUUUACUUUAUUUUUUUUUACAAGGCGGUUGCUUACCUUUACCUAGUGCUAAGUCCGCCCCUGGUCCUUCGUCAUACUCCUGCCCCUGCCUCAGCCACAAAGCACACUGUACUGUAAAAGGACUGUAGGCUGUUAGCUAAUCCCAAAAGCUCAAAAAGCAACCUUCCAAUCCUGACUUCACCAAACAAGGAGCAGAUGCUCCUGAUGAAAGAGAGUGAGAUGGAGAGAAGGACAGAAAAGAUAUCUCCACCACCUCCUCCAAAAGCUGGCAGGACCAAGAGAGAGACAGCACCGACGGCCAGAGAGAGAAAGCACAAAGUGGGUAAGGAAGUGAAACUCCAGGAGCCACACAAAGGGAAAGAGAGGAUGAAGGACAAAGAAGCAGGUGAAGAGCACAGUAAUGCAGACAAAAAGGAAGUGCCAUCCACCGUGAUCAAUGUAGAUAGUGUGAGACAAAGGACAAAUAGAGAAAGUGAGGAGUUGCUGGGCCUUUUGGAGAGCGAAUGGCAUGAAGAGGCCUUGAAGCCGCAGAGCCUUGGAGUUUGUGAGCUGCUUCUCAUUAUUGCAGCUCUCGCCACAAUAAUAUUCUUCUUUCCCAUAUCAGUUUGGUUCUGUGUGAAGAUCUUGCGAGAGCAUGAGCGUGCUGUGGUGUUUAGACUCGGACACCUGCUACAAAGAAAACCCAGAGGACCAGGGCUGCUCUUUUACCUUCCAUUUUUGGAUAUUUGUCAUAAAGUGGACAUUCGGUUAAAGAUGCUGAAAGUCCCAUCUCACUCGGUGGUUACAAAAGACCUGGUGUGCACAGAGGCGAGUGCAGUGUGCUACUACCGCAUUGAGAACGUGUCCGUGUGCUACUCGUCCCUGGCAGGAGUCCCGGCCGUGCUGCAGGCUCUGGUUCAGGUCUCAGUCCGGGAGGUUCUGGCCCAUCACAACUUCGCCAGCAUACUACAGAACAGGAGUGAAGUUGCCCAUCAGAUCCAGGUUGCACUGGAUUCCAUCGCCUGCAGGUGGGGAAUUAAAGUGGAGAGAGCUGAGCUAGAGGACCUCUGUCUCCCUCCUGAGCUUCAGCAAAACUUUGCUGUUGAGGCAGAAGCAAAAAGACGAGCCCAAAUUAAAGUGAUUGCAGCAGAGGGUGAGAGGGCAGCAUGUGAGGCUUUAAAUGCCUCUAUUGCCUCACUGUCAGAUUCUCCUCUGGCCAUCCAGCUGCGCCUUCUCCAGCUCCUCCACACACUGCGCUCUGACCAACCUACUGUGCUCCUCAACAUACCAUCUAACUUCCUCAACCAACCAUUUCAGCUAGCAGAUACAAGCAGCUCUUCCAAUCAAAACCAGCCAACAGGGGACAUCUCAGAGGAAAUGGCUAAAGACUCCUCAAUGAUGUAAUGUAAUCUCCAUUAAGAGAGUCAGCAUUAGUAGUAAAAUGUUAGAAUAAUCCAAUACAAUAGUUCCUCUGUAUACAGUGUUUACUGAAGGGGCCAAUUGGUGAACAUGAAUUUUUAUCAUGUUAUCAACAACAGAUGAAAUUUGAGAGGACUUCUAAAUAUAUUAUUAAGAACACUGUAUAUUAUCUGUAUAUUGUCUGUGCAUUAAAAAUAAUUAUCAUAGAAUUUAAUUAAAUAAUAAUUAAAAUAAAUCCAUAGGGAAAUCUGAUUAAUCUGUUUUAGCCCACAUUCACACUCUGCCCAUUCUAAUGUAGGUUAUAGUAGUGCAUAGUUAUAAUCACUUCAGAGUGGACCAUGGCCUUAUUUUAAUCUUUAUUUGGCCACAAUAAUCGACUCAUGUGAAAUAGGGUUUAUAAAACAUAUGUACAAUCAGGACCCAAAAUUGUACUGUAAUUCAAAAUCCAAACAUCAUAUUGGUAGAAAACAAUAUUUUUAUUAUGUACCCAAAUACUUCAUAUGCAUUAUAUAUUUAUUUUGUAAAAUUUCAGACUUUUUGAUUGUCACUUUUUCUUUUUUUUAAAGAAAACAUUUCAGUGUUUUUUAAUGUAGAUAAUUCGCUCAUCCGAAGUGCACUGGUAAGUUCUGUGCUUUCUGUUGGUUUAGCGUUUCUUGCUUCUUUUAGUGGAUUUGGGGCUGGGAGUGGGCUGCUGGCUCACCUCUUUCAGUUCAGGGCUGGCCUCCUUCUUAGCAACUGGUGAAACAGGCUUGCUCACUGAAAAAGUAAUGCAAAUUGCUAUAUUCAAACACUAACAUACAAGGUAUUACAUGGCUUGGCUCCUCAGUACUUAUCUAGUUUAUUAAUCCCUUACACCACAAAUCACAGACUGCGCUCCUCACAGUGUAAUCUGUUAACUGUCCCACAAACACGCUUAAAAUCUAUGGGUGACAGGGCUUUUUCUGUCUAUGCUCCUUCACUUUGGAACGCUCUUCCUCCUGAACUCAGGGAAGCUCAGGCCUUUGGCAUUUUUGAAGCUCAACUUAAGACACACUUUUUUAAACUUGCAUUUGACUGCUGAUGUCUCCUUUUUUAUUAUGAUUAUUAUUAUUAAUGUUGUUGUUCUGAUUAACUUUUAUGUUUUAUUUUUCUGUACUGCUUAUAUUGUGUACAGUGCUUUGAGAAGCUGCUUUUAAAGGCGCUUUAUAAAAUAAAGUUUAUUAUUAUUAUUAUUA